AUGAAGGUCAUUCAGCUGGUAAGUUAAAGCAUGCUUAUGUCCUGCGUGUUGGCUUGUUGUUCGGGAGAAGACAUCUGCCAUACACACAUCAAGGGUUUAUAUUUUGUCUCUCUCAGAACUAUAUUCCUAAUUAAAACCUAUUGUUUUGCUUUUAAAGUGGAUUUAUUUUUUACAUUUCUGUUUGGGUAUACAUUUAUUUAUGUGGAUUUCUCUCCUUUAGUCUAACGUGUAAUAGUUAAUUGUUAGAGACUUGCAGACAACUGUAAGAUCAAGCGAAAAUACUGAAUGAUGUAGAAUUUUAAACACAUAUUGGACAUUGUAUCAACGCUGCCCAGUCCUGUUUAAUUAUUGGUCCUGAAUAAAUAAACAAGAUCACACACAGAGAAUAUCAAGCAUUGUAGUAACUGCUUAUUAGAGACGAGGAUACAUACUAUAAUGAAACUUUGUGCACAAAUUAUUUUCAGCUGGUAUGAACUAUUCAAAUUCAUUUAAACUAUGUGUGAACUAAUCAGUUAUUAAAUUGAAUAAGACUUGAAAUAAAACUCUGUAAGACCAUUGGCUAUUGAGGCAGAAGUGGUAGUAAUUGCCUACAGAAUGGCAAUCUUUUCAAUUGUAGGGUUAAAAAGACAGAAACAUGACACCCAGACAACUUCAUCUUAAUAAAGUGUCCUUGGUUCGUUUAGUGUCUCUUUAAUGAAUACUGCUAACACUAACACACGUGCGCACUGUACACACACACACUGCUACAUGCACACUCAAAGAAAACCAUAAAUAUACAGAUAUUUACACACACUGCUACACAUGCCCCAACACUGCACGCAUACACACUCAUUAUGUAUGUAUAUACCAUAAUUUUUAUCAUAUGUAAAAGAUUACAUUUUUGUUUUUUCUGGGGGUUUUUUGGAAGAUGGUUUUGUGAAGGAACUUGAGAUUUCUGUGUCUAGGGAAGCUAGUAAAGUAAAUAGGGCCAUGUUAGGGGCACACAUUGUUUUCAUGCAUGUUUUGAAUUGACUGAGAGUGUCAGUAUACCCACUGGAACAAAGUUUCGAGCUGUGAAAAACACAGAGCAUUGAUAUGAAAUUACAUAGUUACAUAGCUGAAAAGAGACUUGCGUCCAUCAAGUUCUGCCUUCCUCACAUAUUUUUUGCUGUUGAUCCAAAAGAAGGCAAAAAACCUAGUCUGAAGUGCUUCCAAUUUUGUGACAAACUAGGAAAAAAUUCCAUCUUGAUCCCAAAAUAGCAGUCAGAUGUCUCCUUGGAUCAAGCAGCUAUUACCCCACUAAUUAGAAAUUAUAUCCCUAUAUGUUAUGUUUUUUCAAUUAUUUAUCCAAUUGCUGUUUAAACAUCUGUAUGGACUCUGAUAAAACCACCUAUUCAGGCAGAGAAUUCCAUACCCUUAUUGCUCUUACUGUAAAAAAAAACUUUUCUUUGCCUUAGAUGAAAUUUUAUUUUAUUUUCUCCAGCCUAAAUGUGUGACCUUGUGUCCUAUGUAUAGCCCUGUUUAUGAAUAGAUUUCCAGAUAAUGGUUUGUACUAGAAAAAUAAGAAAAGGGUCAGUGCUACAAAAAAUUUAAGUAAGGUAGGCAGCGGCCCAACAGAAGGUAACCCUCAAACCCUCAGAGGAGAGGACAUGUAACACAAAGAAAUAGAGGAAAAGGGCUGCGCCAAUAGUUAAAAGGUACAAUAGUUCGUCUGAAUAGUUAGGGCAAUAUACCGUAGUUUGUCUCACUGAUAUGGUGGGACUAAAGUUCUGAUGGAGUAAUUGAAGGUAAAGUCCGAUAAUAUUGAGGUCUCACUCAGAAGUAAGUAUCUUUAUAAGGUGUCUGUUUUUGGGAGUAGAGUCCUCAAUGUCCCUAGUGGUCCAACCGUCCCGCUUAUAUGCAAGACAAAAACGAGGAGACCCAAUGGUGCAGUAUAUAAAAGCCAGAGGGAUGGUAUCCAACACUCAGGAGAGGAAUAUAUAAAAGACAGCCAAUAGUGCUCUCAAUAGAAUAAAAUAUGCAGUAAACAUAAAUAAAAUGUACUCACAAGUGAAGUGCAGGCAAACUGCACUUUGAUGUCAGCGUUGAUGGUAUGACCCCCACCUCGGAUAUAUUUGGAGUCACACGACAAUAAAAGGAAGCCAGGUUAAAAAUUCCAAAUAAAAAAAUUGUAUUAAAAAGAUGAUUGGCACAAAAUUGUAACCAAAAAGCCUUUUAUUAAAAAAAAUACACAAUCAAAAUAACCAUAACGCGUUUCACCACUAGGGCUUUAUCAAAUGCGUUUGUACUAGCCCUGAAUAUAUUUGUAUAAUAAUAUCAUAUCCUCUCUGAGGCACCGUUUUUCCAAACUAAAGAGAUUUAUAUUUUUUAACCUUUCUUCAUAACUAAAAUGCUCCAUUCCUUUUAUCAAUUUUGUAGCUCGUCUCUGCACUUUUUCUAGUGCUAUGAUAUCAUUCUUUAAAACAGGUGCCCAAAAUUGCACAGCAUAUUCAAGGGGGGUCUUACCAGCGAUUUAUAAAGAGGCAAAAUUAUAUUUUCAGCCUGAUAAUAUAUGCCCUUAUUUAUACAUGACAAAAACUUACUGGCCUUAGCAACUGCUGAUUGACAUUGCAUAUUGCUGUCUAAUUUGUUGUCUAUAACAAUUCCCAAAUCCUUCUUGUUUGUGGUUAUCCCUAAUUCACUACCAUUUAGGGUGUAAGUUGCUUUUGCAUUCUUGCCCCUGAGGUGCAUAACUUUGCAUUUCUCUACGUUAAAUUUCAUCUGCCAUUUGAUUGUGCUAAGACAUAUCAGAGUUGAUACAACAAGAAAUUAAGGAUGUCUAGACUUUUUACUAUCACUAUACUCAUUCCUGUGUAACAUAUAUAGAUUCAUUAUAUGGUGAGUUGUGGAAAGUUGACAACCAAGUUCUAACAUUUAGGAUAAGAUAUCUGAGAUGUAAAUAAUCCUAAAUUGUAUGAUUGGCCUGAAUUCUGAAAUGAGUUCACUGUUUAGUUACUAAACCUCAAACUCAUCUUAUCGCAUGUCUCUGUAUAAAACUCAAUAUUAAAAUGUCAUCUGCAGGAUCCAUCUCUUGCCUAUCGUCCAGAAAAUGAAAAUCACCAGUAUCGGAAUUAUGAAGUGAGUCAAGACUGUACUGAAAGAACCAAGUAAACAAUGGGGUGAGGGGUAAUGGGAAGACAUCAGAUAGGAAAUUUCAAUGGAAUGGGAUUUUGAGAGAGGAGAAACAAAAAUGUGAUGUGGGUUAACACUGCAGAUACAGCUACAUCAUUUAAAGCAGUAGUAAGGCUGACUUUAAUUCUUGAAAGCAUUGCAAUGAGGUUUCGUAUAUUCAAAACAAAGCUAUUCUUCUUCACUUUUUAGGAUAGCCCCCUGGUGGAUAGAGUGAAAAUGACCUACACCUUGAUGCACACACACCAAACGGUAGAAUUUGUGAAACAAAAGGUAUGUACAAUAAAAUAUUAUAAAAACUUUCUAAUUUUUAUGUAGAUGCGGAGAAAACCUCACCAGUACACAGUAUUUAGAUGGUUAUACAUAUAAUAGCUUAAAUCCAGGAAGUUUUUGAAUUUGAUGGUAUCUCAUUUUUAUUGUCACUAAAAACCACAUAUAAUAUCAGCCUAUACUUUUACCAGUGAAUUCCUAAAGGUGACACAGUGACAGUUCUCAUUGUAUCAUUAAGCAUUAGAACUUUUCCAGUUAAUGUGGGUCAACUUCAAUCCUCUGCUCUCAGUACAUAGGAGUUAUCCAUAGUCAGCUGAUGUGGGUUAAAGUUCCAGAUGUCUAGCAAUUACCAUGGAAGCACAGGGACUGAUCCUGCUGAUUAAUUCACUCUUAGAACUUUGAUCCAGAGAUUUUUAUAUGUAACCUUAAUAGUGCUGGUGCAACAUCCAUUUACUGCGGGUAUUGUCCUUCCAGCUUUCACAUUGGGGCUCCUGCAUGCACAGGAAGAUGACUGUUAUGGAGGCGCUCAGUUUGUUGGAUGAUCUGGUGGAUGAGUCAGAUCCCGAUGUAGACUUCCCAAAUUCUUUCCAUGCAUACCAAACUGCAGAGGGCAUUCGGAAAAUGCAUCCAGACAAAGGUAUGUAUAAGUUGUGAAAACAUAUCAUCACCAAGAUCAGGGCUUGUUGGACCUGGUGCUAACAAUUAUAAUGGGCCUAUUUAUAGACAGAAAACACUCAAACAGCCACGUCUUCCAAGUGUGUUUUUAUUUUAUCUGGUGCAUGUGGUACUGGAAACCUCACAGGAUAUAUUUAUUAGAACACAAAUUCCCUAUGUUAAUCCCUUGCUUUUAUCUCUCAACCAAGUCUAUCUCAAUUCCCCCCCUCCGCCACCCACAUACAGACAAAUACACAUACAAAGACACACACACUAACACACAUAUGCAAAAUAUUUUAGUCACCCUCCUAUUACCUACCUUUUAGGUGCAGGAGGGUGACUUCCCUGGGGACCAGUCGCUCAGGUUGAUGGGAGUCAGAGUUCCCACUCUGACUCCCUCUCCUUCCUCCCGCACGGCUCCUGGUGGUUGCUGGGAGGAGUGACUGAGGUAGUCACUUCCUCCCAGCGUCUGACAUCAUCAGAGGGGGCCCAGUCGCGCUGUUACCGGGCCCACUCUGAGGAUGAUAUUCAUUUACAUCGGGUGGCACUAACAGCAUGGGCCACCCGAUGGGUCUUUUCACGUGUGGCCCCAGCCGAGGACGCAACACAUGUUGGCGGGCAACCGGUCGCAAUGGUCCGCAGGGUGGCCGGGCCCCCUGGAGUGAUGGGCCUGGUCGCAGAUACAACCCCUGCGACCGCGGUAUUAACGCCACCGGCCCUAUUCCAUAUUGAUUGAAAAUAGCCCCUGUAUUAAUCCAGCCCUGGUAUAGUUUCACUUAGUAAAUAUAACAAAAUAUUUACCAGAAGAUGUGCUACUUGUGCAUUACCCAACUGCUAUCACCGCAAUAAAAAGAAAAAAAAAGAAAAGUCAACAUGAUUUUUAUGGCAGGACACAAAACAUUCCCAGUGAGCAUGCAAGCAAGGUUACAUCAACAAGUUUCAAUUAAGGACAUAUUGGCUAUUGACCUUGGGAGCGUAACCGAAAAAGAGCAAAAGUACACAAAAAUCACAAGAACUCAACUACAUUUGUGAAUAUUUGUCCUUCACUGGUGGUAUAUUAAAGUUUAACCUGAAUUUGUAAAGUACAAUGAGUAAGAGAGAAAAUGCAAUGUGGAAAAAAUAGAUUAAAAGAAAAAACAUAUAAAAAAAAAAAUAAGUCUGCUAAGUCUGAGGAUCCAGGUUUAAACACACGCACAUUCCAUCAACAUUGCUGUUGUUUGGUUGCCAAACGCCUCACAUUGUCUAUCUGUAUGCCAACAGCAAGGCUACCAUAAAUGGCUUCUGAAUUUUAUCUUAAUUACCUUAAUCAUUAAUUUUCUUCCUCAAUCCUGUAAACCAGCUUAUCUCUUUGCGUUUCAGUAAACCUAUUAUGGGCAUUGAGGAAAUUCUAGUGUAGUAUGAAAUAUGGUUAGUAAUUGUCCCCAGCCCUUCUGUCUGUAAUAUGGUGACAUUUUUAUUUCAGAUUUUCUGGAUAUUUGAAACCAUUACCUUGUACACAAAAUGUCUUCAUUAUUUAUUUAUAAAAUAUUUUACUAGGAAAGAUACAUUGAUAUUUCUAUCGUUUUCAAGUAUGUCCUGGGUCCACAAAACAUUGCAUUGUUACAUUAGGGUACAAUAAAAUACAAAAACAAUAAUAAUACACAAUAUAUACAAAAUUUUACAUAGAACAGGUAGGAAAUAUAUAAUCAACCAUGACAGGUUCAUUCUGCUUUGAGGUAUGUAGAUAAGAAUCUCUUAAAGGACUUUAGGCUUGGGGAAGAUUUUAAAGUGUGCGGGAGGUCGUUCCACAAUUGCGGCGCUCUGUAGGAGAAGGAGGAUCGGCCGCUUUCCUUUUGUAUUGAGGUAGACUAAGUAAAGUGUUGGUACUGAAUUGGAGGUUAUAGGAGGUGGGAACAGCCGAGGAGAGCAUUCUGCUCAGGUACGCUGGGAGUUUCCAAAAAAGCUCUUAACCCCUUAAGGACACAUGACAUGUGUGACAUGUCAUGAUUCCUUUUUAUUCCAGAAGUUUGGUCCUUAAGGAGUUAAACACAAGGCUGGAAAGAUGAAGGGUGCGUCUAGAUUCCAGCGACAGCCAGUUUAGUUCUUUUAGCAUGUCACAAUGGUGGGUCCUGUAAUUACAUUGUAGCACAAAUCGGCAGAACGAGUUAUACAAUGUUUAUUAAUGUGGGAUUGUGGUGCAGAUGCAUAUACUACAUCUUCAUAAUAAAUGAUUGGCAUCAGCAUUUGCAGUACAAUCUUUUCCUUUACUGUAGGGCUUAGGCAGGGUUUUUCUGUACAGUGCACCUAGUUUUUGAUAAAGUUUAGAUGCAAGUUUUUCUAUGGGGAUGCCAAAAGAUAGAUUUGUGUCUAACAACAUACCCAAGUAUUUGAAAGAGUGGACUGCGGUCAGUGUGCUAUUUGAAUUUGUUUUGAUGGAUAGGUGGGAAUCGUGUAAUUUAGGUACUGUUCCAAAGAUCAUUGUGACAGUUAUGUCAGUGUUUAGGACGAGUUUGUUUUUUGCAAUCCACUUUUCUACUUUUGUAAACUGGUCUUGGAGCACAGCCUCAAGCUGCGGUAGCUCGGAUUUGCUUGCAUUUGCUUGUGUCGUCUGUGUACAUUUGACGAUUUGCAGACAUUAGGCAGGUCAUUUAUAAAUAAUGUAAAUAGUAGGGGGAAGGUGCUGCGUUGAUCCAGGCUGUCUUCCACAUAGUGAAAUAUUUUCUAACGUUUUACUAAACAAAUCCAUUUUCUAGCUAUUUGCAGGCCAGUUAAGGCCAUUCGUAGAAUACCUUCAUGGCAAAACUUGAUUUAAAAAAUUUUUUUUUACUGUAUGAACAGAGCCUGCCUUCUCCUUGGUACAUUGUCUCCCUGGCAUUUCAUUGUUUGUUUGUUUUUGUCAACCAAUUUUUUUAUUGAGGUAUAUAGUAAGGAUAGUAAUGCGAUAAAUAAGUGACAUGGUCAAAAAAUAACAAGUAAAAUAGUAAAAAGUAAAAGAUAUAAGUCGCCAAUCAGGAUCCGAGUCACUGCUAUAAAGUUGUAUGAUAUCUAGUAUGUCACUAAGCAAACUUUUCAGCCCCAUUUUAAUAUAAGAGUAAGAAAGUAAAACAGGCUAUGCUAACAAUUGUAAACCCCACACAAUGAGUAACACAGACGAGUAGUAGUAAUGGAGUGUACCAUACACUGACUGCAGCAUGGCUACUCUGCUUGAUUAAUAGGCUUGUACAGAAGAAAGAUAAAACAACAGAUCAUGCUACAACUGAAUAAUGUAGUGUACAAAACAUGUUGGCCAGAUACUAUUAACAGAGCAAGCUAACAAAGCAACUUGUCGAAACGUAUAAAUGUGAGCAAAAUAGUAGCCUGGAAAGACAGUAGUAUGCCAAUCUGCAAUCAGUAAUAAUCAUGGCACAUUCUCUCAUCAGAUUGGUUCCAGCUGGUUGGACUGCUGCAUGACCUUGGAAAAAUCCUCGCUCUUGACAAUGAACCUCAGGUAAGGGUAAGACGCUGGAUAUGGAGACACAAGUGAACAAGUAUGCCAGCUGAUGGCUCUUCUUGGAAACAAUGUUUAACUAACACAUCAGUUCAACUGUACACAUUACACAAAUGUGAGUAUGCAGUAUCAGUUCUAGGCGUUCCAUUGUGUAACACCAUUAUACAGAAAAACAAACAAACAAUAACGUCAGCCAAAGAAUAAAUAUAUGUUUACAAGAUGCAGUUAUGGAGGGUAAUGGGUUCAUCGGGAAUCAGCUGCAGUCUCUGCCACUGCCACGAAACAUCGAGAAAGCACACUGUAGAAAAGACUAGCUUCUACUGGUAGGGAACAUAUAAAACACACUACCUUUAUUGAAUGUUGAUUAAAAUUGCAAUAUCAGGCUGUGUCCCCGCCUGAUGUCACAGUUUGAAUCAUCACGCAAUAAAGAUACUAUUUUUAUAUGUUCUCUACCGAUGGAAGCACCCCAAAUACAAAUGUAUUACAAAUAAUAUACCUAUACAGAUCUGUGGGAUUCCACCUAUAAACUUUCUGCUUCAACUGCUAUAAUGCUGCAUUUUAUGAGCAUUUCAUACAGAUAUAAUCUCUUUAUAAAUGUAUAAAUUGCUCAUAAAGAUUGUGUUGGUAUUUCACUGACAUUCCAACCCAGUCAAAAGAUAUCAUGAGAUAAAGUAGGAACUACGGCUGGGUAUAAAUGCUCUUUUUGUGGAUGAUUCUGUGGUCUUGUGGGAUCCUCCAUAGACAUCAGUGUUGCACUCCUGUGCCUUUGCCAUGUUGGUGCUUGGCAUAUGAAGCGCCAGGAGCUGAGGAGGACCUGCGAGGGACAGGAACAGGUAAGUAAAAGCUACCUUCCCUUUAAUCUCAGAAGGUAACACAAUUGCUUUAAGUUUAAUUAGUCACACCGCAAUAGGUAACAGCAACAUUUUAAGACCAACAAGCUAAAGACAUAUUCUGAGAUCAGUGACCAACAGGCAAUGUACAGUAAAUAACGCAUCCAUGGCUCAGAACAUACUUAAAAAAUGAUGUUAAAGUGUCAAUAUGUCGUUCCAGGUAAAAUACUUUUUUAAUAUGAUCUUUUUAGGUUACUUCUAAUAAGUAUUGUCCAAGUCAGUGUAAGGCCAUCUAAACCAUCAAACUAAUGAUUCCUUAUUUUUACGCCCAUCGUCUGUUGAUAUUGGGUUUUGAUAAGGUCUCCAUCUUUCUUAUGAUCUGAUUCAUGGUUGGUUCCUUGCAGUGGGCUGUUGUUGGAGACACAUUUCCAGUAGGCUGUAAGCACCAGAAAUCCAUUGUUUUUAGUGAAACAACCUUUAAAGACAAUCCAGAUGCACAUCAUCCGGUGUACAGGUGAGAAAAAAACUUAAACACAAAUAAACAUAACUAUACCAAAUGUAAUGGUGGGGAUUUUCACAUAUAUUUAUGGAUGAUCCCUGUACAUAAGUAAAUUUCUUUCAACGUCUUGACAAUCCCCAGAGUACAGUAAUAUGGCAAUGCUAUCUAUUCAGGGCAUUAAUAAAAGUUACAUACUUUAUGGUCAUGGCCCAUAAAGACUAGAUGAAAUAUGCAUUUUUUUUCUAAGCAGUCCAUUAGUAUUACUAAGGAAACCCAUAACUGUGUUCUUUUCUUUUGUCAGUCAAAUUUUGAUUAUGUAUGGUUAUGCAUAUCACACACAUUAGAAAGAUCAAUAGCGAAUGUCAUAUUUUAAAAUCAGUAACAUGAAAAAGACAAUUUUUUGCAAUGAAGUAACGUUCGACGACUAUGACUGAUUGUAGCAUGUCCUAUUGUUUAAUCAUAUUUUUUUUGCCUUUUAACAGCACACAAUAUGGGAUGUAUGAACCUAACUGCGGACUUGAGAAUGUGCUAAUGUCCUGGGGACAUGAUGGUAACUAUACUGUUUAACUCAAGUGAGGUGAAUAGUAGCAUGACGUAAGGAAAAGUUGACUUAUCACACUGUGCUACAUAAUAGCAUUUAGGAAAGUUAAUGGUUUAUAACCCUAAAAUCUAUGGAUACGAAGGUGUACUCUCCUAGCCUUGUGCUACUAAUAGAUAGUAUGCUUAUUGCAGGGUUUAUCUCUCCGGCUGAGAAAGAUUAGCAAACUCUCUCAGCCAAUGAGCUAGCUCAACGUUAGUAGUGGAGAUAGGGAGCAGUUCUCAGUGAACCCCAUGCGAAAAGUCAAACCAUUCAAAAAUUGUUUGAGUAUUUAUACUGGCCAAUCCAAUGCCACCUGGCACUAUAACUACAACAGCAAGCUGUAUUGGUUAUGGUGCAUGAAGUGUUCUUUUAAGUUUGUCAAUUUCAAUCCUUCACAUUUUCCCUUACGCCUUGUUGAUUCAAAAGAACACAAAACAUGGAACAUUUCUCCCAGGUUUAUUCACUGAAGUGACAAUUGCUGUAAAUUCAUAGCGAAUUCCGAGUGAAUUACACAUUUUUAGCAAAAUAGCCAAAUUGAGACUAAUGCUUCCAAUUUAGCUAAAUUUGUAAUUCAUUGUGAAUUACAGUCAGUUCUCACUUUAGUAAAUAUCCCAGUCAGGUUUAUUCUCUACAGUGUCUAAGGAAUUGUCAGGAAUGUAAAGUGAAUUUCAAAAUGUAGAUCAAAAUAUGUUUUUACUUUGCAAUAAAAUCUGUUAUUCAGUUUGAUGUCCAGAUAAUUCACAGCUUAGAGAAUUAUUCUUCCAGUUUAAUAAAUAAACCCCAGCUGUGUUAAGCGAGUCCUGUAUUGCAGGGUCAUAGCUUUCGGCAACAAAUUAUUGCUUGAACGUAGCUAUUCUGGACUACUUGAAAUUCAGUUUUUAAGUCACUUUAUAAUAAACUAACCUCUAAAAUUUCUCGUUUUCCUAUAGAGUACUUGUAUAGAGUGCUGAAGUUUAACGAAUGCUCAAUCCCUGAGGAGGUAAGAGGGUGGGUUUCACAAUGACAUAUCAUGAAAUAGGAAACUCAUUUUCUUUAGUGUCUCCAGUAAUGUUACAGUAGAUGGAUGGGAACAUGCGAAGCUUGGAAGUAGAUAUUCUGGCAAACACAUUUCCUAGGUGUAAAACGAUCAACUACUGGCCCUGAUAUUUUUUGAGAAAGUAUUUCAGGACCACAUUUCUUUAGAGGCAAUUAGAGAUUAUCAUUUGGUUUGUCUGUAGUCUUCCCAUUGCGUUAUCAAUAUUUCCUCAUCUGCUACACACAAUUCUACCUCUACCUUGACCAUCAGUAGUUUUUCCACUCAAACUUUUGCUUUCCACACUAAGCAUUCUCACUCUGUACUUCUCUCCCACCUGCAUUGUCUCUACUCCAUCCUAGACCCCAGGCUCAAACAUAGUCACUGGUAUUCAUGACAUUUGCUUCCCAUUUUCCAUGUCCAGUUUCAAUAUCAUACACCAAGCAUUUUAAGACUUUUUAAACUUCCAGAUGGUACUCCCCCUCGAUCUAUCUUUACCAACAGUUAUUGCCAACACAGUUCUAAGCCCCUUCCCCUCUAAAUGCUUACCUUUUCUGGGGUAUCAUUUUCACACAGUUUGCACUUAUUGUAUAUAUACAAUGAAAUGGGAUCUGUCACUUCUCACAAUUAUUAUGUUUACCUAUCCCUUAAAUUUAACAGAUGGGUUUUUUCUGAGGUUCAAAACAUUAUUAUUACUACUACUACUGGUAUUUUUAUUUUCAUUUAUUUAUUCUUUAUUCAUUUUCAUUUUUUUUUUCUAAAAUAAAUAAAUAAAUAAUAACCAUACAAGGCAUAAAAUUCACAAUAAACAUACAAUUUUAUAAAAUUCUUCUCCCCUAAUAUAAAACCUCACAUUCGUAAUAUGACAUUAUCCCAUUUUGUUAGAAGAGGUUACAUAUAGAACAACAUAAAUGUAUUGCUGGACAGCUCCUAGAAAAGUUACAUUUUCUCGACUAAUCCUUGGGUUAUUUAUUUGUCUUGCUCACUCAGGGAUCAAUUUUAUCCAUAGAUCCCAACUAUGAUUCCUCUUCUGAGUAAAAUUGUGAUACUUAUCUAUUCCUAUUUCCAUAUUUAAUUGGAAGAGGAGUUGGUUUUUAACCUCGGUCCACAAUGGCGGUAUACAAGAUUUCCAUUUUUUGGCUAUUGUGAUCUUUACUGCUAAUAAAACAUGUACUACUAUGUCGUAUUCUGCUUUGGACAUUUUUGGAAGAUUUAGAUGUAGUAGAUAUGAUUCGGGUUUCAGUGGAAGUUAAUCUUACUAAUUACUUGGAUUUUAUCCUUUAUCUGUCCCCAAAACCUCAGAAUCGGCUCACACUUACACCAGAUAUGUAAUAGAUCGCCUUUUUGUGAUUCACAUCUGCAGCAAAUUAAAACACUGUGCCUGUACAUCCUUUUAUUUGCAGAUAAUUAAAAGUUUCUCCUUUAAGUUCUUGUGCUUUUUCCGAAAUUUCUGUCAAUGUUUUAAUACGUUUGGCCUCUAAUAAAUAAUUUGUCAUUAAACAGCUUCUUUACCAUUUACCGAGAUUUAUAUAUUUUAUAUUAUUUGCUAAAUUUUUCAGUGAAGUGUUUGUUAGAAUUUUAUUUUCUUCCUAAAUUUCUGCCAAUUAGUUAAAAUAUGGUCGAGGAUUAAACAAUUUUUAACUUUAGAUAUUUUCGAUACUUCUGUUGUCCAAAAUUCAAACCCUAAGUCUUUCUGUUUUGUUAGGUCUUUUUCAACCUUCUACCAGUUUUAAAUGCAUGCAUCAAUAUGCUUGUGUUAUGAUAUUCCUGUAUAUCUGGCAUAGAAAGACUCCCUUGUGCAGGUUUCAAUUUAAGACAAUCUAGUUUUAGCCUUGAUUUUUUUACUGCGCCAAAAUUUUUUCUAAAUACCGUCUUGAUCAUAGAAAGCCAGCUGCUUGGAACUGAAAGGGGUACCAUACGGAAAAGGUAUAACCAUCUGGGGAGAACAUAUGAUCUUAAAAUAUUUAUUCUUCCACAAAAUGAGAAUUUCCUCUUUCCCCAGUCUUUUAACUGUUUAGUCAUUUGUUUAAGGAGAGGUAAGAAAUUUGCUUCCAUUAUUUUAUUUGGAUCAGAGCAUAUCGUUAUACCCAAAUAUUUCAUACUUGAUGCCCAGUCAAAUUUGUAUUUAGCUUUCAAGAACUCUUUAGUUUGUACUGUGACAGUUUUUAUUAAAGCUGUGGUUUUAUUAAAAUAAAGCAUAUAACCAGACACCUCAGAGAAUUGUUCUAAAACCCUAAUCGUUUUUUCUAAGGAGUUUUCGGGAUCCUCUAAGGUCACUAUCACAUCAUCCGUAUACAAGGUUCAGUUUCAGUUCACCGGAAUUUGUACUGAACCCUUUAAUCUUUUUAUUUUCUCUAAACUGAGAGGCCAGUAGUUCCAAUGACAGAAUAUAUAAAAUCGGGGAAAGCGGACAACCCUGCCUGGUUCCAAUUGCCAGGUCGAACCAGUCAGAGCUGAUGCCUCCCCCAAGUACUUUGGCUGUUGGACCGGAGUACAGGGUCAUAAUGGCCUCCAACAUCCACCCAUGAAAACCAAAUACUCUCAAGAGUUUUCUGAGGAAAUUCCACCCAACCCUGUCAAAUGCCUUUUCAGCAUCUAGAGACAGUGUCAAGUGGGGUAUUCCCUCUGAUUGCACUGCAUCCAGAAUAUCUAUCAGUCUCCUGACAUUUUUUGUGGAUGAUCUUCCGGGGACCAAGCCCACCUGUUUCGGAUGGAUCAAUGUUGGAACCACCUGCUUUAAUCGCUCUGCCAGAACAGCAGAGUAUAACUUAAUAUCAGUAUUGAUGAGCGAAAUAGGUCGAUAGUUACUAAUCAGUCCAGGAUCUUUCCCUUCUUUUGAUAUUGUUAUAAUGUUUUCUUGUAAUAGUUUUUAGGUACAUCUUUUCCUCCAGCAAUCACGUUAAAUGUUUUGGUCAGGGGUUCUUUUAUGACAUCUUUUAUUAUUUCUAUAAAACAAGUUGUUAAAUCCAUCCGGAUCAGGUGAUUUUCCCCCUUUCAAUAACCCAUUCUACCUUAUUCUCUGAUAUCUUCAUAUUUAAUAUUUUAGAUUGUUCUUCAGUUAAGUGAGGUAGUUUAUUUUAUCCAAAUAAUCUAUUAUCUGUACCUGCGUAGGUUUAGUUUGAAGAUUAUAUAAUUGGUGAUAGAAUUCUUUGUAGGUGGUCCCUAUCUUUUCCGGAGUCAAUAGUAUCUCAUUCUUUGACCUCAUUAAUGUAAUGUUUUUCUUUGCUUUUAUUUUUUUAGUUUAUUAGACAUUGUUUUGUUAACCUUGUUCCCUUGAUAGCACCAUUUCCUAUUAAGGCAUUCUAGUCCCCUAUUAACUCUAUCUGUAAGUAAAUCUUUUAUGUUUUUUUCUACUUCUACUAUUUUUUGUGUUAAUGCCCUGUCUGGGUUAAGUUUAUUUUGUCUGGUUAACUCCUCAAGUUUGAUAUAGUAAUCUGCUAAUCCGUAUGGAUUUUUCCUCUUCUCUCUACAUAGUUACAUAGCUGAAAAGAGACUUGCGUCCAUCAAGUUCAGCCUUCCUCACAUUUGUUUUUUGCUGUUGAUCCAAAUGAAGGCAAAAAAAACCCAGUUUGAAGCACAAUUUUGCAACAAGCUAGGAAAGAAAAUUCCUUCUUGACCCCAGAAUGGCAGUCAGAUUUAUCCUUGGAUCAAGCAGUUAUUACCCUACAUUGAAAGAUUAUAUCCUUGAAUAUUCUGUUUUGCAAGUAUGCAUCUAGUAGCUGUUUGAACAUCUGUAUGGACUCUGAUAAAACCACUUCUUCAGGCAGAGAAUUCCACAUCCUGAUUGUUCUUACAGUAAAAAAACCUUUCCUUUGCUCCUAUUUUAAUCAGCUACCCUCUAAUUACACAUUUAUAUGCGCACCAUGUCAUGGGGGCAGAGACUUCCAUGUCCAAAUUUUCUUUAAAUAAAUUAUCCGUUACUUUUUUCAGUUGUUGAUAUUCUUCUUUAUUUAACAAAAUAUUAUUUAGCCUCCAAUUAUUUUGUCCCCUUUUCUGCGCUUCUUUUAGUUCCAGCACAACAGGAUUGUGGUCUCACCAUACUAGAGUUUUAAUAUCUAUUUUUUUAAUUAGCUUAAAUAGGUCUCUGAAAAUCAUGUCUAUCCUUGAAUAACUUAAAUAAGUUUUCAAAAAAUAAGUAUAGUCUAGAUCUUUAGGAUGUGUAAUAUUCCACAUGUCCAACAAAGCAAUAUCCCUUAAAAGUUCUCAAUCUUUUUUGCAUUGUUUAUCACAUUCCUAUCUACUUUCCUGAGAGAACAUAUUUUUUUAUCAAGCUUUGGAUCCAUUUUGCAGUUAAAGUCUCCCAUGAGAAACAAACUACCUUAUUUUAUUCUAUCGAUCUUAAGAAACAUUUUCUUUAUAAACUUAAUUGGGGAUUGGUUUGGUACAUAAAGGUUAUUUAUUUAAAAUAUCUCUACUGAUCUUACAAAUCAAGAUCACAUAUCUGGCUUCCAUGCCACUUUCCUGCUAUAUUAUUUCAGGAGAUAAGUUUAUAGAAAAGAGGAUUACCACGUCUCUCUUUUUCUUGCUCUCCAAGGACGCACUGAAAAUCAGCAGGUAAUCUUUAGGUGUCAUUCUUUUCUCCUCACCCAUUGUCCAGUGCAUCUCUUGGAGAGCACAGGUCUGUAUAUUUGCUUGUUUUAAGACAUGGUAUACCAAUGACCUCUUUUGCUGAGAAUUAAUCUCUUGAGUAUUUAAUGUUGCUAUUCUAAUGUUUGUUUACCCAAUGUUUUACUUCCUCUCUGAAGAGCUGCAUCGCCGGACUUACAAAAAACAACAAAAGAAAACAUUACUAACAAUACAUAAGAACAAACAUCCCUACAGAACAUACACACCCCAUUUGUGUAGAUCUGUUUCGACUUGAGUUUGUUUGACAAUCUCAUGUGGAAGUUUUGGUACCAUAAAAAACUAAUUAUCAGUAAUUCAGUUUACCUUUUUAUCCUUAAUUUAUAUCAACUCCCUAUUUUCUUCCAUUUUAACUCUGCACAACAUUUUUUUCAUAUUGUUUCUUCUGGAAUGGUCUUCCAAAUCCGCAAUUUUUUGUUCCAUAAUUUCCAUUUUCUUUUCAUUUUGUUUAUUUAUAUCUUUAUACGUCCUGGCUUGAGCUUCCAGGUUCUAUUUCUUUAACUCUGUUUCCUAACAUAACUAUGUCCUUUUUUAGGUCCUGCAUAUUAAUUUAAUUUCAUGUUAUAUUUUUACCAUGGAUCAUGCUUCCACUGAAGGAAAGGAAAGCAGGAGGGGUGCAAAAUAGACACACAGAGACAGACUUUUAAACUCCCCUACAGACACCAUUUACAUUCCUCCACACACAAAGUACAGUCAACACACAUACAAGCACUCAACCAACACACAUAGCCUUCUCUGCACACACCACUCAGUCUCCUUCCCACACACACAACACUCACAGAACAGAGUUAAGGGCUCUAGGAGGAGGCCCCAAUCUAGCAUCCUGCCUAGGGCAGAGGGCAAUCUCAAUCCAGCUCUGGUUUUCUUGCAGUGAACAAAUGUAUGCAGCCUGUUAAUCCACUACAAAAGUAGAUCUUUUCUUUACAUUUUGUCUUUGCUGGAUACAACUUUGAGCUCCUAAGAAAUAUAUUGAGUAAAAGCUAUUCAUUUGGAGUCAUAUACCACAAAAUAAAUUACACAACACUACCAAAAUAUGGAUGAAGACAUGUGGACAGCCCCUCAUAUUUUCAGAUUACAUUAUUUUACCCAUGCCUAUUGACAACACGUGCAUGAUAUCAAGCAAAGCCAUUCAAUCUCCAAAGAUAGACAAAGUGCAGAGCUCAGUGACAUUCAAUGUGGUCUGGUCAUCAGAUGCCACAUCCUAACAAGCCAGUUCACCAAGUUAUUUCCCUACUGCUAAUUUGUAAGCAGUACUGUUGUGAAGUGAACAUGUCUAGGAGACAGCUCAGGGACUGCCAUGUAAAAUUAUUUUCGCUCAGAUGAAACACUUACUAUAAAGAGCCAACUGCCACUGAAUGCAACUACUACACAAGUGUAGUUAAUCUUGUUUGAUUCCAACCACUAAAAUUCAAGUAUUUUGUAUGUCCUGAAAAAUAAUAUUUAACCACUACAUUCCUAGAAUUAAGUAUAAACAUUGUUGCGGUUAUUUACUUUGUAGAAAGACAUUUAGUCCAUAAAGCCUCCCUCUCCCUUAUUUAUAGGAAUGCUUAUCAGUCUAUAGAGGAGCACAUAUCUUUACCAGAAGUCACUUGUUACUGGUAAAAUGCCUGGAAUUGUGCUGAAAAUAUAAGUUCAUGCCCACCUUUCAAACAGUGAAGGAACUUUCACUAGGAGAUAUCAUUCCAACAGUCAAAGAAGUGGGGAGUAAUGAAUGGACUCUAUCAUUUUAGUGUUAGCAUUACAUUAACAUUCCAGAGAUUGAUAAAGAUUGCUAUAGUAGUUUUAAACCUCUUUAUUUUAGAAAUAUAUUAUUUAACUGUAUUUACUAAAUGUGAGCAUCAUGCUCUAAUGCAGACAUUCUUUUUAUAUUCUGUUGCUAUUUUUAGUAAGCUGCACUGCUGGUAAUGGCUUCAUGGUUCUUAACAAUAAACAAGGUUUCUUGACCAUAGUUAUUUUGUUACACCUACUGUAUGUGAGAAAAUUUUUUUUUAACUUUUAUACUAUACGUUUAGACUACGUGUGAAAUAUUGCAAAAUAAGAUAAACUCUAUACUGUAUAUAGCUUCAAAGUAGUGUUAGGAAUACAAGUUUGUAAUUGCUAACGUUAUAGUGUUUCUUUAAUAUACAGUACAUAUUUGUGCAUAAGUUGUAUUCACAAAAUACAAGUGUUAUGAAUUGAUAUAAAUGUGGUAUUCAAACAAAACAGGGGAAAUGCACAAAUAUCACUUUCAGUGAUUUUCUUUGAUAUAGAUGUCAGACAGUUCAAUGGUGCUUACUGAAUUUGAUUAACCGAACUCUGGCAACAAUUAAAACUAUACUCUGAGGUUUUGUUAUUUACUACAGUUAAUCCACUAACAGGGCUAUUAUAUUCUACUACAAAAUUCUGAAACCAGUUUUAACUAAUCUUGAUGAAAAUGUGCAAACACUUUAGUAAACUGUGAAUUAUAGUGAACGCCUGUUUGAAUUUUAGACACAUUACUUACAGUUAAUGAUUGUGUUUGUGUGCCAUUUAUUUGGCAUUGUAUAUAUCUGGCUGAUUAUUAAUACUUGUUUUUGCAGGGACUAUACAUGAUCCGAUUUCAUUCAUUUUACCCUUGGCACACGGGAGGGGAUUACCAACAUCUAUGCAAUGAAAAAGACCGAAAGAUGUUACCAUGGGUACAAGAGUUCAAGUGAGGACAUUUACUGGUAUUUUAUGGAAUUGGGACUUUCCAUGGCAAAUUACCUAAAAACACAAAUCCAGUCUUAUAUUUUCAGGGUUAGCUACUAAAGUGAGAGUUUUCUGGAAUUCAAAGUAAAUUUAAUUCGAAUGGUUACUUUAAACCUUUAAAAUGCUCUAAAACCUAAAAAAAAAAAAAAGGAUUUCUUAUUCAUCUGGAAUCCAGUGGCUUAUCCUGAGGUCAAUGGAGCUAUGCGCGGUCCAAUCACAAACUUCUCAUAUGGAAGCCUGUGAUUGGACUAAUUGCUGGCUCGGACUGCAUGUUCGCCCCCUGGGCUGGCAAAGAGAAUGGAGACGCUGAGAUAGGGAAUGGAGAGAUGGAGGGAGAGUUUCAAAAUAAAGAAAUACAUACAAUGUAGAGAGAGGACUCACCCUCCGGGAGGGAGAGCUAGCUACCCCUUGCAGGUGCUGUGUCUACACAGAACAAAAUGUGUAUGUCUGUCGGCAGUGUGCUGUCGGCAAUAUGCACAGAAUUGAUAUUAGACAGGCCAGAACAGGCUUCUGGGCUGAUAGUUUCAUGUAUGCUUGGGGUGCAACUAGUCCCCUGCACUCAAUUAACAAGAACUCCGUACGUGCAGAGUUUCAAUCAGAAACACUGCACAUAAAUACUCCUACCACCAUUACUCCUUCAAAUCACCAUAGUGGUUGGAGUAACCCUUUAAGGCCAAAGUAUUUUAACUGGAAGCUUAGUUAACUUGGAGAUUAUUAUUAUUUUGGAUACUUUGGUCUCAAAUUUGAAUUCUAGACAACACUCCCCUUAGCAUAUAACUCUGUUUGCAUGAUUGUAAUUGAUGUGUCCUGUUGAACUGUAAUUUUAUAUUUUCACCUAAAAUAAAAGUCUGUCAGGUAUGGGCAACCUUCGGCACUCCAAAUGCAGUGGACUACAUCUUUCUCUUACAGUCAUAAUGCUGGCAAAGCAUCAGUGGAGAUGUUGUUUACAACAUCCGGCGUGCCAAAGACUUACCUAGAUUUUAUAGUUCCAGUAAAUUUGGUAAAUUCAAAUGGCAAAACUGGGGCAAAAACAGUCACAUUGUGAAUAUCGCACUGUUAUAAAUUUUUUCCUGAUCAGCAAUUUCCCCCUUCAUUUUCCUUUCAGUUUCAAUUUGUGAAAAUUCUGACUUCAGCAAAUAGCUCUGUCAAUGUCCAUGUCUUUUGGUAGGCUCCCCAAUAUUUGUAAUUGAAAUUAUUUUACGUCAGGACAAAUAGAUUGAGCCAACGCUACCACAGGAAGUCGAAUAGGUAUCUGGCAAUUUCAAUCAUGAUAAAUUCUAUAACGCCCAAUAUGCAAAAUGAUGCAAGUAUGAGUGGUGUGGUGUGGGAGCACAAGGACGUCCUGUAGAAGACUGUCAGGGUUAUUUCAUUAGAUUAGAAUUGAGAAAUUCAAAAUGAACGUAAAAUUUAAGACCAAAAUUGCUGAGCUGGAAAGAUUAUUCAAGUCAGUUUGGCUAAUUUUGUUUAAAAUGAAAUUGACUUUAAUUUCCAGACAAAUACCAUUUUACGGAAUAACCCUAAAUAUAUUUGAAAACAGCAUAGAAGUAUACAAUAAAAUAGCUUAAGUAAAAUUUAUAUUUUUAAAUUUGCAAAUAGGUUGCAUUCUGUAUAAAGAGCCCUUACAUCAUACAAGUAAGACAAGGUAACAAACUUCAUGCUGUUCACAGUUUAAAGGGACACUAUAGUCACCAGAACAACUACAGCUCAUUGCAGUUGUUCUGGUGAGUAUAGUCAGUCUCUGUAGGAAUGUCCAUGCAAACACUGUUUUCAGAGAAAAAGCCUAGGGACACCUCCAGUGUGCAGCACUGCCAUUAGCAUCUCCACGCUCUGCAUGGAGAUGAUGAACUUUCCUCAUAGAGAUGCAGUGAAUUAAUGCAUCUCUAUGAGAUGUUGAUUGGCCUGGCCAGUGUUUGGCCCCACCCCCACCCCCACCCCGCCUCCUUGGGAAAGCAUUGUUUUGGCUGAGAUUAUCAAUUCUGAUGAUGCCAGCCAAAGAGGCGGAUCUGGGACAGGGCCAGCUAUUGCAGACCCGUGGAGAGCUGGAAAUAAGGUACGUUUUAACCCUUUCUAAGGGGGCAAGUAUUUGUAUUUUUAUAAGGGUUUGUAUUUCUGACCCUAUAGUGUUCCUUUAAGGUCUGUUUGUGGUGAACUUUGGUUUGUUAAGGGUUGAUAUUUUUGCCAUUUAAAUUACCUUAUAGUGCUAGAAUUGUGCACAACUCCUUUAAUGACCAGUGAAGUCUGGGGGCUGACAUGACUUCACGUGUGUGUAUAUAUGUAUGUGUAUGUGAAAAGCACUCCAGGGACUUCAUAUAAGGUGAAAAAAUAAACUUUAUUCAGCAACUGCCAAAAGUGAUCAUAUAUAUAUAUAUGACAGAUAUAUGUAUGAACUAUCAGUGCUGAUUCUGUUCUUAUCUGCCUCCUACAGCAAGUUUGAUCUUUACACAAAGACAGAGGAACUGCCAGAUGUGGAGAACCUGCGGCCAUAUUACCAGAAUCUCAUAGAUAAAUACUGCCCAAGGAUUAUGAGCUGGUGA